GGUAUAUGCAGCUAUAGAAUACGAAUAAUUCCUCUAGAAAGACACAAGUUUCACGGCAAUAACUUUAACUGUUCAGGUCGACACACGUUCUCUCGACACUUUCAUCAAGGCCUCAGCCGCAUACAUUAUUCCCAUUGCUUCUUUACUACUCAACCUCGCUGCCUACCUCAACAAAGAUGACAUCAAGCCUUACGAAAUUCUUGGUCUUAAUGUCUUUGCCAACAUUUAUAUACUCUAUGUCUACUUCCGAGGGUACUGAGCCGCUUCUGAUGGCCGACGCAGCAAUGCCUGAAGACAUGGCGCAGUACCAUCUUCAAGGUCUGGAGCUCAAAGACACUGCACUUGAGACGCGGAGGAAGUACAAGAUUUGCGAAAGGUUUCCGGCUAUUGGUGCAUCAUGCGAUGCUAUUGGAGAAACCAUCAUGGGUAUUUACGGUCAGCUCAGUGGUACAGCUAAGUAUACUACGAAAAUGAAAAUGUCCGGUACAUUUACUGGAUACGCCGGUCCAAACAACGAACUCUUUUACCGAUAUCGCUCUCUUGAUAUAAUGUGCGACACAACCGGCGAACGGGAAGCUAUCGCUGGCGCAAUCGAACAUCACAUCAAGAAACACGGCUCAAAGGUUUGCGGUACCGAAUGUUUGCAUCUGACCCCCCAAGGUGGACCGUGGAAUGGGUAUCUUGCCAUCGGGCCGGCGGAGUCUUUCGACCAUGAAGCAUACUGUGGACCAAAGCUCAGCUUUAAGCACUGCGAUUAAGGCAACAAGUCCGACAUUCCUUAAUCUGUUCCAAGGACAUCAUUGACUAUGGGAGACGGUGCUGUCAUUAGCCCAAUCCAAUGUCCGCCUGUUAUAUAAGCAAGAUAGUCUCAUUCGAUGCACUACAGCAGGUACAACAGUUAGAUAAACAAACAUUCCUGUAGUAAAUUACAAAAUUGAUUGC